ACACUAUUCAUGGUUAUGUAUGCUGUCGCCAACUCCCUCACACCUGCUUUUCUGCCUAUAGCCGUCUCCCCCAACACACACACAUAUAUGUAAUGUACCGACGAGGCAAAGGACGCGCACAGAUAUUUAUUUAUUUAUUUAUAUAUGUACUAAUAUAUAUGGUGGUAUAGAGAGGAGUGUGUGUGUGUGUGCUUUUGAUACUUUUCUUGCGCAUACAAAAGCCCCUUUCUUUUCAGUCUUUUUCAUUCCUUCCGCCAUUAAAGACAAGCCAUGCAACGAGAAAUGUCUUCUUUACUGUAAAGUAUUUAUUGGCAUAUAAAAGCUCCAGUUUUUAUUCAUUCCUCUCUCUCUUCCAUCAGAGAGGGAGCAGAGAUGAAGAAGGAGGAUCAAGCCAGGUCUCUCUUGGGGAUAUCUUUGACUGGCAGGCCCACGUGGCAGCAGUUCUUAAUUUGCUCUUCUGGAUUCUUCUUCGGCUAUCUCGUCAAUGGAAUUUGUGAGGAAUAUGUCUACAAUCGCCUAAGUUUCAGCUAUGGUUGGUAUUUCACCUUUGUGCAAGGCUUUGUAUAUUUGGUGCUUAUCUACUUACAGGGCUUCACCACCAAGCAAAUGGUGAAUCCAUGGAAAACAUAUGUGAAGCUCUCGGCUGUGCUUAUGGGGUCUCACGGAUUAACGAAGGGCUCGUUGGCUUAUCUUAAUUACCCUGCUCAGAUCAUGUUUAAGUCCACCAAGGUACUUCCCGUUAUGGUGAUGGGUGCGUUUAUCCCCGGGUUGAGAAGAAAGUAUCCCAUCCAUGAGUAUAUCUCGGCUAUCCUCCUAGUUAUCGGCCUUAUCCUUUUCACCUUAGCCGAUGCCAACACUUCCCCUAACUUCAAUAUCAUUGGUAUCGCGAUGAUUGUGGGCGCUCUAGUCAUGGACUCUUUUCUAGGUAACUUCCAGGAAGCAAUCUUUACCAUGAAUCCUGAAACGACACAGAUGGAGAUGCUAUUUUGCUCGACAGUUGUUGGUUUGCCUUUCCUAUUGGCACCCAUGAUUUUGACUGGAGAGCUUUUCAGGGCAUGGAGUUCUUGUUAUGAGCAUCCUUACGUCUACGGUGUGCUUGUGUUUGAAGCAAUGGCUACAUUUAUUGGUCAAGUCUCUGUUUUGUCACUCAUUGCCCUUUUUGGGGCUGCCACCACUGCUAUGAUAACUACGGCAAGGAAGGCGGUGACGCUGUUGCUGUCGUACCUAAUCUUCACCAAGCCGCUGACUGAACAGCAUGGCUCAGGACUGAUCUUGAUCGCCAUGGGGAUCGUGCUGAAGCUCGUUCUCGACAGUAAACCCGCGCCUCAUGUUGCUAGACCAGAUUCGGCCCCCUCCACGCAGGAAAGAUUCAACAGGCUGAAGGAGAGUGGAGAAAAUGGAGAAGAAGAUGAAGAGAAUAGGCCACUGGUUUAGGAUUCAAGGAUUGAAUUAAUGAGGGGACAAUACUCAGUUUUCAUUUUCUUGAUUUACUUGUGGUUUAGGCUUUGGCUUUCCCAAUGGCUGGUAGCAAGUUUUAGAAAUGUGCAAAGUUAAUUCAUUUCUUGUCAAUUUUGGUUUUUUUAUUUUUUUGUCUUUAAUAAAAUCAUAUAUGUGUAUAAUGUAUAAAUCAGAAGGAAAGAUUAUAUAAAUAUAUUCUGACAUGAUUGUGGCUCA